AUGAUGUCGAUUAAACCGGUGGUAAUCAUGGGUGCCACUGGCACUGGCAAGAUGAAGUUAUCAAUUGACAUAUCCAAGGUGAUUGGUGGUGAAGUGAUAAAUGCGGACAAGAUGCAAAUAUAUGCUGGUCUUGACAUCGCAACUAACAAGAUCCGGCCGAAUGAUCAAGGUGGUAUUCCUCAUCACUUAAUUGGGGUUAUUUCAUCAAUUGCGGAUGAUGUGUAUGUACCUUCCUUUCGAUCUAUUGCAACAACUACUGCGGAGUCUACUGCAAGGCGUGGUCGAGUUCCAGUUCUGGUAGGUGGGUCAAACUCACUUAUGCAUGGAUUUCUUGCUGACCACCUUGAUCCCUCCCUUGCCAAUCCUUUUUCAAUACCAAAGUAUAAGCCAAAUUUAAGGUUCAAAAGUUGUCUACUUUGGGUCCAUACGCAUGAGCUGGUUCUUAAUAAGUAUCUGUGUCGCUGUAUUGAUGAUAUGGUUGCUUCUGGAUUAGUUGAGGAACUAAAAGAGUAUUUUGAUACUACGCUGGCUCAUAAGAUUGGCAACCACACUGGGCUGGCUAAGGCAAUUGGUGUGCGAGAACUAAGCAAAUAUUUUGGUGGAGGCAUGAGUCUUUCGAUUCCAUAG